GUCUCCUAUUUUUGGUAUAUUCAGCUGAGGACGUAUCUGGCAGCAUGGAUCAUACGGUGGGUGACAAAAUACACAGAUUUUUAAAACAAAGAGUAUUUGGGAUUUUUAUGUUUUGUCACCUGUUUUUUUUUUUUUUUUCUGUUAAUAGCAGGGGUCUUUGGUGAAAGGAGGCGUGUUCAUUGUCCACCAAAACCAUGAAGGGAAGCACCAGUACAAAGUAGAAAAUGUGAUGAAGGGCAGAAAAGGAGAGAAAAUGUUUGUCAGGUAAAAGUCAGACGCUCUGUCUGUUCCUCUCUCACAGCUCAGACUGAUUAGUUUUAGUGCUCAGACAAAACAUGGUUGGAGGUUUUGGGCAAAUUUUCUCCCUUGGGUCAUUUUGUUGCAGUGUUAAGAAUAAAAUCUAAUGUUUAAAAAAGAGAAUAUUGAAAGGAAAGAAGAGAAAAAAAACUGUCAUUUACAUUUAAAAAGUCUGGAUCAUCUCUUUUCUUUCUUAAAGUCGAUCAGAAGAUUAAAACUCCUCUAGUAGUUCCUCUUGUCAGAUUAAGCAAAAACUGUGUUUUAAUAGUGACUAUGAAGGUUAACAGGAACACAACUUAGUGAUGUUUCUCUGCCGUAGUGAGUUCUGCAUUUGAGACACUUUGACUCUGUGGUUUGCUGUAAGACAGGUUGCAGUGAGGAAACAUUGUGGCUAAUACUGGCACCAGUGGUUCCUUUAAUUUGUUUGUUUUCCAUCGCUGUCUUCAAGCAUUUUAAAGGACAAACACACAGAGAUGCUGCUGGAGAACUUAAAACCCCAGCCAGAUCAACUUGAGUAUCUCUCGUCACGUGUUGCAUAGCCAUUAUUAACAGUGAAAAUGAUAAUGAGCUACGUUUGAAACCCCGAAACAAAGUAUUUUUGUUUUAUUUUAUUAAUUUCUCAGGAGAGGAGACAAACUGAUGCAGAUAAACGGCAUGGACUUGCACGAUCUUACACCUGAAGAGUUGGCACAAAUGUUGGCAGAGGGCAACCCUAAACUUGUGAGUUCACCAGCUUUUUACAGAUUUCUCUGCAGCAUUUCUAGGAUGUGAAGUCUACAGAAUAAACAUUCAGUCUGACUCUAUAUCCACGUCUUUCCCUCCUCUUUCUGAUCUUCAGACAGUGCACAAAGCUGAAGUGAUGAAGGAGCGCGCACAGCAGUCCCUCCCGGCUGAGGAUACUAUACAUCCUGUCUCUAAGGAAAACAUAGUCCUCAGUUUCUGCAUGAAGAUGAGGAGGGAGGAGGACUUGGACUUGGAUGAGAAUGACAUGGGGCUGGGCGGAGAAGAAAGUAGGAAUGAGAGUACAGAGGAUGAGGUCUGUCAAACUGACAAUGGAGAGAAUGGGGAGGAAAGGGAUCUGCUGGUUGUUACCAUGGUAAAGACCACCAUAUCUGUGGUGGCAGGGCGAGGCUGUGACAUGAGCAGACCCUGUGGGGGGUGUCAAGGGUCAGGAUGCACCUACGAUGAUGUGGUGGUGGUGUCCGAAUCCAGCGAGGUGGUGCUCGGUGAGUAUCCUUACUGUGUUUUCUUCUUUUACUGCUGAUUAUUGUAAACUGUUUAGUAAAAUGUUAAAUUCACAAAUUCCAACCUGCUCUAGAUGCCCGUAAAUUUGCUGAAAUACAUCAUCUUUAACUUAAAGUGUUUAAGUUAGGAUUUUUAGCAGAGUAAAGAGAACAAAACCAGAAAAAGAAAAAAAAAGAAGCUUUUCUAAUUGAUAGAGGUGUAAGAAGUAUCAAGACCUUUUACCCACAAGAAGUCACAACAUUAAGUAAGCAUUAAGUAAGGCCUUUGUUUCCUAAUCAACUGGUAAACCCUACAUGUUGUCUAGUGAAAAACUUAAACCAGGAUCAUUUGGAUAUAUAUAUAUAUAUAUAUAUAUAUAUAUAUAUAUAUAUAUAUAUAUAUAUAUAUAAGCAAAGCUUUUCUGAAGUUUUUUCUCUCUAAGGUUCAGGAAAUGAUGACAUUCUUCUGUUGAAUCAGCCAUCAAACAUCAAACAAAGCCUAUUUGAGAGAAAGGUUUAGGAAAUUGUGAAAAUUGAAAAUAAUAUUAACAAAAAUUUAAAUCCUUAAUCUACAAAACUUUAUUCCCUGUAUAGUAAAACCUGUUUGAAUUUUUAUUUUCUUAUUUUUCUAUUUUUAAAAAGUAAAAAAAAUGAGAUGAAAUUAAUCACUUUAUUUUUUCAGUGGAAUUCUCAAAACUAGCAUCAAAGGGUGCCACCCAUGCUGACAUGUAAAUACAGGGGGUACAAAACAGUCAGGCAAAACUUAGGACAGCUGAUAAAAAUGUUAAAAAGAUUAUAAUAAGACAGACAAUAUAGAAAGUAAUACAAGAAAUAAAAGUGGCACACCUGCUUUAUUCAAGUGCUGCGGUAUCUGUGUGUUUUUAUAAUCUCUCACAGUUGCCAGAGGAGGCGGACAAGGUGGAGGAUGCUUCAAGCAAGAAAAACAAUCAAACUACACCGUCAGACAUGCAGCCUCUCACCAAUACCUCAGAGGUCUCUGCAUACAGAACAGCGUCUACACUUCACCCAAUCCAGGUCUGUAGAAAACAGCAGCAUGUUGCAUUGACCAACCUCUACAAAUAUCUACCUUGUCAGCGAUCAUCAAGUUUUGCCUGACUCGGUUGUAGCAGAUGGCUGUUGGACAUGAAUUCUGGUUUCUGCCUGGGUGUUUUGUUUUUUUUUUGCUGUUACUCCCUGCAGAGUGGUUUUUCCAUGACGGUUUAAGUUAGGGAAGUGUUGAGUCAGCUAUAAGCUAUCCUUAUCUCACCCUGUCGAGGGCACAAGUAUUGAUUUAAAGGUUAUUUUAUUUACAUUAUUCCUUACAAUACAUAUAAUGUUAAAUUAAAAAAUUUCAGUCAUUUUUUUUAACAGCCCUUAUCAAGGGGCUUGUCAAAGCCCUUAUCGCAUUGCAGUUUGUGGUUGUUCCGUUUUAUCACUUCUUGUUUUCUUUUUAGCUGCUGGUUGUUGUUCAGCCAGUAACCAAAACUUCCUCCAUGAUGUCCACUGAUGCUAUCAUAAAGUAAUGAUUUUGUUUUUUUGCAUACAGUGAGAGGUGAAAUCAUGAACAAUAAUCUAAAUGUUCUGAAUUUUCUUGGAUUGAUUUCAUGUGUUACAUGUGCGAUCUGGUUGUUCAUCAUCUUUGCACCUCAGAAUUAAUAGCUCUUGUCAAGGGGUUUUGACCAAUCAGAAUCAAGUACUGAGGUUAAAACUCAUCCUACCUUGAGUUUGGGUCAGUUUGUGAAUAAUAUAACAAAGAGUACAGCACAGAUUGAGAUGACAUUCAUUUAAUUUGCAAUAAAACUUGACCGGUUGGGGUUUUAUUGAUGAGUAGAUUUUCUGGUUAUACAUAUAUUUGAGUGUUCAGUCUAUGUUUGUUUUUUUGUGUGUUCAGAGAAUAUCACCAUUUACUCCUACAAGUCAACAUGCUUCAGCUGGUUCUCCAAAGGAAAGCCAGUCGUCCUGAACUUUACUGGGUCCAACUGCUUCCUCAGGUGCUGCAUGGAAGGAGAGCAAGUGCUGCUGCGAGUGGAGGUAAAGACAUCUACUGUGUGAAUGAAGUCUCAUACACUUUACAAUCUACGGCACCUCACAGGUUUGUGUCUGUCAUAGCCGUGUGAGAAGCAGAGGCUGAAGCAGAUCUCUAAGAACGACGAGGGCACCCUCUCCUUCGUCUUCUUCAUGAAGUCCAACAGCUCCCAUCUAAAGUUUGAGUCGGCGCUGCACCGAGGCUGGUUCAUCCAAGUCAUCAACACACAGUCAGUGGGGAUGGCAACGCUGGAUGGAGGGAGUGAAGAACACUCCUUCUACUUCAUCAUUCAGAAGUGACACAGAGUCACUUUCUUCAGGAGGAUUCUCAGUUCGCAUUCAAACAGUGAAAAGGGAAAAGAAACUUGUGUGCUGUUUUAGACUUGUUAUUUCUAAGUGCUGAACUAAUUCUGCCAUUGUAGAAGAACGUAGAUAUGUAUCAUACAGAAAUAUAGAACUCAUACUGUUGUUCAUUUGUUUAUUUGUGAUAAUUGAACUUUUAAGGUGACCUCUUCUCAACCCAGUUUUGUAAUCUGAAUUCAAACAACACGGUUCAAUACUUUCAGAUUGGACCCGCCCACUUUAAAGCGUCAUGAUGUCACCAGGGGGCGCUCAGUUCUGCAGCUCACAAGCAAGUUUGGAAAACAAGUUUUUCAAGAUUUCAAAUCAUGGUGUUGAAUGUGCAAGUUUGGUCAUUUUAGUCUUUAAGAAUUAAAUUACAUGUAAAGCAGACAGCUGGCUGAUGUCUACACUGCAAAAAAACUCAAAUCCUCUCAACUGAAUUUGUGUCAAAUGUGGUCAAAAUGUCUCAUCACAUGUAACUCAAGCUACACAGACCAAACAUCUCCAAAUAUAAGUCUUAUUUAAAGGUAUUUCAAGCCAAAGUUUUCACGAUAAGUUCCUUUAAGACAUUUACAUCUUAUUUUGAGAAACCGUUCUUAAAUGUCUGAACUUAAAUGUCAUAAAUCAACGGAUAGAAGAUGAGAUGAGCGAAGAACUAACACAAACUAUAAGUUUCUUAAAGGAUCUUUAACUAAAGUAUCAAACAUAAGUAGAAUAUUUUAGUCCUCUUUUCAACCCUGUAAGUAAGGCUUCAUUGUAUUAUAUUUGAGGCUAAAGCUAACUUUAACUGUAUCCUGGUGUUUUGGUUUAACUUGUGACCUUGCUAACUGGUGACUUUUACCCAAAUGUACAUUUAUAAUGAGUAAAAAGACAAACAAGUAACAUGAUAAGAAAAACUUUUUGGUACAUUAUAAAGCAUGAUUAUGUGUUCAUGUGAUGUAAACCUCAAGCUAUGUUUUGAUUUUUAUCAUGCUCCUGUAUCGAUGCAUAAACUUACAUUUUUACCAGUAUGAAACUAUGUCGCCAAAUAUCCAGUAACAGAAACAUUCAUGGCAAAGAAAAUAAAGCACUAUGCAUUAAGUUUGAGCUGCAUGUCACUUAAAUAAUCUGAGUGUCCAUCAUAACAACAGCACAUGAAACUUAUUCUUGAUUUCAGAAAGCGUCAAGUUCUGCAAAUGACAAAAGAUGAACUGAAAGCGACAAAGAAAAACCUCUGUCCGACCUGACCUGCACUGUAAAUAAAACCUCAAACCAUCAUAAGAUCAAGUAUCGAGUGUCUCUAGAUAUCCUGCUUGUGCAAAAGUAUCUGAUAAAUUUGUGCCGUGACUUCUGUGUGUAAUUGAAAUACUGAUGUAUGUAAUGGUGCAUUAAUGGUGCAAAUUAUAACGACUAAAAAUACUGCUGACUUAAAA